AUUUCUUUCAAGAGCAAAAGCGCUAUUACGGACCUAUUCGGGACAUUCUUAUAUUAACUUAAGAGGAACAUAGGUUGUAUGUAUGGUUUCCCAUUUCAAGUUUUGUAAAUUUAUAUAAUUAUGGAAUAAUUAUAGCAAUAUAACAAGAGAUUAUAUUUAACAUUAGCCUAUAUCAUAUCCCGGUUUUCUAUUUUGCUUGCAGUUUUCUGCUUUUUAAUAGCUAGUUAGAACAUAUUGCUCACCGAGCAUUUUGACGUUAGUUGCGCAUUUUAAAAGUUUAGAGGUGUUGCGUGUUAGCCUUCACUGCAUGCUCAUUUUUAAUAAUACAUAGGCUUAUGUGUUUAAGUUGCAGUUUCUGUAGACUAAACUAACAGUGCGCGCAGGUACCCAAGAGUACCCAAAAACUGUGUAAUUAUGGGCGACAACCCUGACUUUGAUGACAAAGAAAUUAAAGAAGAGAAAAAUUGUCUGGAUCUGGGGAAAACGAACCCUUCCAAAUCCGUGGACUUGGAGGAACAAAUUGAAUGUACGAGCAUCUCGAAUGAGGACCAGGACAAUAGGCCUACAACUACCACGCGUUUAUACAAAAGGAGAUGGGUGAUGGUGUGCCUUUUCAGCUGUUACUCCCUGUGCAACGCAUUUCAAUGGAUCCAAUACGGAAUAAUCAACAAUAUUUUUAUGAAAUUCUACAAUGUGGACUCUUUUACCAUUGACUGGAUGUCAAUGGUCUAUAUGUUGACCUAUAUUCCCUUUAUAUGGCCUGUCUCCUGGCUUUUGGACAAAAAGGGACUGCGGCUCAUAGCACUGAUGGCCACCGCCAUUAAUUGCCUUGGGACAUGGAUCAAGGUGGCCAGCGUCAGGCCAAACCUAUUUUGGGUGACGAUGCUCGGACAGUUUGCAGGCUCCCUAUCCCAGGUCUUCAUCCUUGGGAUGCCCUCCCGCCUGGCAUCGGUUUGGUUUGGCUCCGAAGAGGUGUCCACCGCCUGUUCCAUCGGCGUUUUUGGGAAUCAGGUGAGUUUAUUCAAAUCAAUUUAUUGGGGGAUUAUGAAAGAAUGUUGAUAAUACCUUUUGAGCUGGUGCAUGGGGUUGAGCAAUCAAGAAACAAACCAGGACCUGUGUCUGAGUGAUUGCCCUCCAUUUAUCAUCCCAUGGAUGCACUAUUUGUCUCCACACCACUGAGAUAGCUCAAGGAGAAUAUAUUCAGAGAUCCUAUUUAGUGCAACUUGAUAAGAGUGAUUAUACUUAGAUGCGCUGCAUAUUAUUCUCCUUUAGAGGUUGAUAUUGCUGGUCCUGUAGACUCACUAAUCCAGGCGUAUAGUGAUUUACAUGCAUAGUGACAAGCAUGUCCUAAAAACUGAUCUGAGAUGAUUUUCAUAGGCAGUUUCACAGUCACUGCUCCAACAAAGUAGCUUUCCAACCAACCGCAGGCAUUUUGUUCUUAGUGAGCUUCUUUGCUGGAUUACCUCUUUUCAGAGCUCACUUUUGUAUGGACUUUUUUAAAAUUCUGACUAAAGUAGCCCUUUGUGAUUAAGUGUUUGAGUUGAUGACAAUGAAAUACUAAACAUGCUGUUUGAGAAUAUUUAAUCAUAUUAAAUAUUUAUUUUUUUAUGUGCGUGUAAUGCGCUGAGUAGGGUGACUUCCAACCUAUCCAAUCAGUCUCCUGUAAGGAUGAUCUCUUUGAAUAUGUAUACUUUAUUAAAACAAUUCGGCUCUCAGGUUUCAAAUGUAUUCAGACAGACACUGACUUUACAGGUUAUACCCUAAUGCUAACCUGAAAAUCGCAACAUUCAAAUCUUGAAACUCACACCACAGGAACAUCCAUGAGAAGACAUCAUGUCAGACCAUUUCAAUUUUUUUCUGUGUAACUUUUUCUCAAAUUGCAGCACGUUUCAAUAUGUCAUCACAACAUUGAGCAUCUCUAUAGCUGAAUGAUGUGCAAUAAUUUUCAGAAGUAUUUCUAUUAUGUUUUCUAAUACAACUCAAUGGAUCUUGAUGUUUCUUGAGAAUUCUGUCACUAAGGCAAUUUAUGGAAAUGAAAGAAAAACUCAGAAUAAAAGGAAAAUAUGAAGGCAAGUAAGGGGAAAUGACAUGGUCCAAUUCCGCCAUCUUCUGCCAGUACAGUGUAUGCAAGGCUACACUUAAUCACAUACUUAAUGCAUUAAUGCAGCUACUUUUCUACAGGUACAGUGAGGGAAAAAAGUAUUUGAUCCCCUGCUGAUUUUGUACGUUUGCCCACUGACAAAGACAUGAUCAGUCUAUAGUUUUAAUGGUAGGUUUGUUUGAACAGUGAGAGACAGAAUAACAACCAAAAAAUCCAGAAAAACGCAUGUCAAAAAUUUUAUAAAUUGAUUUGCAUUUUAAUGAGGGAAAAUAAGUAUUUGACCCCUCUGCAAAACAUGACUUAGUACUUGGUGGAAAAACCCUUGUUGGCAAUCACAGAGGUCAGACGUUUCUUGUAGUUGGCCACCAGGUUUGCACACAUCUCAGGAGGGAUUUUGUCCCACUCCUCUUUGCAGAUCUUCUCCAAGUCAUUAAGGUUUCGAGGCUGACGUUUGGCAACUCGAACCUUCAGCUCCCUCCACAGAUUUUCUAUGGGAUUAAGGUCUGGAGACUGGCUAGGCCACUCCAGGACCUUAAUGUGCUUCUUCUUGAGUCACUCCUUUGUUGCCUUGGCCGUGUGUUUUGGGUCAUUGUCAUGCUGGAAUAACAAUCCACGACCCAUUUUCAAUGCCCUGGCUGAGGGAAGGAGGUUCUCACCCAAGAUUUGACGGUACAUGGCCCAGUCCAUCAUCCCUUUGAUGCGGUGAAGUUGUCCUGUCCCCUUAGCAGAAAAACACCCCAAAGCAUAAUGUUUCCACCUCCAUGUUUGACGGUGGGGAUGGUGUUCUUGGGGUCAUAGGCAGCAUUCCUCCUCCUCCAAACACAGCGAGUUGAGUUGAUGCCAAAGAGCUCCAUUUUGGUCUCAUCUGACCACAACACUUUCACCCAGUUCUCCUCUGAAUGAUUCAGUUGUACAUAGGCAAACUUCAGACGGCCCUGCGGGCGCUGCAGGAUUUCAGUCCUUCACGGCGUAGUGUGUUACCAAUUGUUUUAUUGGUGACUAUGGUCCCAUCUGCCUUGAGAUCAUUGACCAGAUCCUCCCGUGUAGUUCUGGGCUGAUUCCUCACCGUUCUCAUGAUCAUUGCAACUCCACGAGGUGAGAUCUUGCAUGAAGCCCCAGGCCGAGGGAGAUUGACAGUUAUUUUGUGUUUCUUUCAUUUGCGAAUAAUCGCACCAACUGUUGUCACCUUCUCACCAAGCUGCUUGGCGAUGGUCUUGUAGCCCAUUCCAGCCUUGUGUAGGUCUACAAUCUUGUCCCUGACAUCCUUGGAAGAACUCUUUGGUCUUGGCCAUGGUGGAGAGUUUGAAAUCUGAUUGAUUGAUUGCUUCUGUGGACAGGUGUCUUUUAUACAGGUAACAAGCUGAGAUUAGGAGCACUCCCUUUAAGAGUGUGCUCCUAAUCUCAGCUCGUUACCUGUAUAAAAGACACAUGGGAGCCAGAAAUCUUUCUGAUUGAGAGGGGGUCAAAUACUUAUUUCCCUCAUUAAAAUGCAAAUCAAUUUAUAACAUUUUUGACAUGCGUUUUUCUGGAUUUUUUUGUUGUUAUUCUGUCUCUCACUGUUCAAAUAAACAUACCAUUAAAAUUAUAGACUGAUCAUUUCUUUGUCAGUGGGCAAACGUACAAAAUCAGCAGGGGAUCAAAUACUUUUUUCCCCUCACUCUAUGUUAAAUCGUCGCUCUUUUAAAAAUCCUUUAUUUACAUUUUACAGACGCUCUUAUCCAGAGCGACUUACAGGAGCAAUUAGGGUUAAGUGCCUUGCUUAAGGGCACAUCGACAGAUUUUUCACCUAGUCGGCUCAGGGAUUAGAACCAGCGACCUUUCGGUUACUGGCACAAUGCUCUUACCCACUAAGCUAACUAACUACCUGCCGCUUUAUGUAAUGUAUCCACCACCUGUAUUUACGAGGAAAUCCGAUAAAAUAUUUUAUGAAACGAAUAGGCUAGCCUAUUAUUGAUAAAACCUAACAUUAUACACUUCAUACACUCCAGCGGGUGGUGAAGACGUCCCAGUACGUCACUGGGACCGUGCUCCCUCCCAUCCAGGACAUCUACUCCAAACGGCGCAUGAGGAAGGCCAGCAGCGUCAUCAAGGACCCCACACACCCCAUCCACAAGCUGUUCACUCCCUUACCGUCGGGCAGACGGUAUCGGAGCAUGAGGUCUGAUACUAACAGGCUCAGAGACAGUUUCUAUCUACAAGCCAUCAGACUGCUGAACACUUGAACUGGACUGACCACCUGCCCUGACUCUCCACACCAUAGCACACAUGCACUCACGCGCACACCCACACAGAAAUGCACUCAUCCAUACACACACACACACGCACACACAAACACACACACACACACACACACACACACACACACACACACACACACACACACACACACACACACACACACACACACACACACACACACACACACACACACACAUACAUUCAUGCUAAACACACAUCACAACUACCAGACUAUUAUUAUGAUUGCUAAGUACUGCAAAAUUGUAAUACUUGCCCCUCAAUCCCCCCUUCCCCAAACCACAUGUAAAUAUUGGACUAUAAAUUGUGCCUUCCUGUAUUAUACUUACGCAAAAAAAUAUAUACUGAGCCAUUUACUUUAUGUUCAUAUUCUUAUCUUUUGUGAUUUCUUAUUGUUGUUAACCUGCAAGUAAGCAAUUUGUUGUACAGUGUAUACCAUGUGUAUUCCAUACAUACGACUAAUAAAACUUGAAACUUUAAUUAAUUUGAUGUAAUAAAUAGGUCAAUGGCUAGAUGAUAUCAAAAUACACUUAGGAAAAUAAGAAAGACUGAAAUCUAUCCUAAUAUUCAGCUAUAUUUCAAAUGGCAGAAACGAAAACAUUUUAUUUAUUUCCUUGAUUGCAUAUGUGGAUAAGCUUAAUAGUAGGCUUACUUUUUAAUGAACAAUCUUUACAUGGCCUAUUUGGAAUGCAUUUGUAGUUUUGGUCUCAGUUUACAUAAAAAGGAUGGUGUUGGUCGGGCUUCAAGCUUGCUGUGAAGUUGUUCCUUCUCCUUGUCCGCUAAAAGUUUAUGAUCAGCAGUGGUAUAGGACAUAGCAGAAACUGUAGGAGCAGUAUACCAUUGCAAUUUUCCACUGUGGUCAAUCCCAUGAGAGCUAUAGACAGCUUUUCUUUUGACCUGAAAAAAAUAUGGCCUCGGUCUGGCCCUACAAUCAUAUAGACAUAAUCAUAAGAUGUGUCUUGUGUUUAGUUGAAAAAUGUACACAGGUAGACAUAUAGCCCACAAUAAGUAGAACACAACUCAACGUUUUAUGAUAGGCUACAUUAUAUAGCAGUGGUGCCUGGAGAAGUGGGUAUACUCUAAUUUUGCCCAAAAUUUCCCAAACAGUUCGCCCGGUGAAGGAAAGGCGCCCUAUGUGAAAAAUUCUAUGACAAACUGUGACAUACACUCUGAAUGACCUAAAAUGAUCAAUCCCAUAUUGGUCUUUCACAGUCAGGCCAACCCAAGCUGUACUGUGCAAGUACGCUAAUAGUAGGACUACUAUUGAAAUAGAUAGAUGAGGCUGUCAACUGAGUCAGAAAUACACAGGUUUCAGAUUUGUUCUUUUUUUUCUUCAGGUUUUCACUUUAAAAGUCACACUUUUCUAAUAGAAAAACAACAAAAUUGGAUGUUGUAAGUCCACAACAAUACUUAAACCACAUCUGGGGACCACUUUUGAGGUCUGGGAAAAAUCAAAGCAAUUUUGAUUUUUUAUUGUAGUUACCCUUUAAUUCAACUGUGCAGGCACCUAGCACUGUUGUUUGGUUAGCAGUGUUUCUGUAGCGCACAUGAGAUGGAGUUUGCAAAAUGACCACUGGAUUGAUGCCAGUGGUGGAAAAAGUACCCAAUUGUCAUACUUGAGUAAAAGUAAAGAUAACUUAAUAGAAAAUGAAAGCCACCCAGUAAAAUGCUACUUGAGUAAAAGUCUAAAAGUAUUUGGUUUUAAAUAUACUUAAGUAUCAAAAGUAAAUGUAAUUGUUAAAAUAUACUUAAGUAUCAAAAGUAAAAGUAAAAGUAUAAAUCAUUUCAAGUUCCUUAUAUUAAGCAACCCAGAUUUUCUUGGAGGCGUGAUUUUAGACUAGAGUAACCAACACACAGGAUGCAUAACCCAGGUCUCCUGUGCUCAAGAAAAGCAUAGGGCUGCUAAGCUGAAGCCUAGGCAUUGACUCAGGGAGCCAAUACAACUCUUUAGGUCUCAGGCAAUGUUAGGCCUACUCAUCAUUCAUGUGUGGUAACUGAACCACCUCUGUUACAAUUCCCCAUCCUUUGACCUCCUCUUCCUCACAGAAACCCAUCUGAGCCACGGCACAAAUAUGACUGACAAGGUUCGAACAAGGGUCACAUCAGAAGAGCACAUUAGCUCGCUAAACCAAAGCCUAUAGCCAAUGUAACUCUUCAGGUAUCAGGCAAUGUUACUCAUCAUGUAAACAACUAACCAGGAAGAAGUGGUUUGGUGACCACGCACGUGAUGAGUAACUUUGCCUAGUGUUGAGUAACUUUGCCUGAGACCAGAAAAAUUGAAUUUGCUCCCCAAGAUAAAUUGCCUAUAGGCUUUGGCUUAGCUAAAAUGUAUUUGUGGUGUACAGUACAGGACACCAGGUUCGAACCCCUAGGCUACCUGGCAAAAAUGUUUGCUCGCGAGCCUAACUCAUGGGCAACGAUGCACCAGGCCAGCUAGUUAACAUUAGCAUACUACAUCUAGCUACAUGUUGAACUUCCAUCGUCUCAGGCCAGGGGCACAAUGUAUGAAUUUAUGGUUGGAUCAGAAUCGCCGUUAUAAUCAUUGGCCAGUACGGAGAUUUACGGAAAACCACAAGUCCAAAUCAAAGCUGAGCUCACUCAGUUUAACUCAAUGCUGAUUGGCUAUUAUUUAAUUUUUUUAAAUAUCAAGGGAGGCCAAAUGCUCACUGGUUUCCCUUGUAUUCAAUGCUACAGGCGGCAAUAAUGUCAUACUCUUUUUUUACUAGACAGCAUCAUAUAUAUACAUACUGAGACAGAGGGGCGCCGUUUUGUUCGCUCGGAUGCUUUCCCCGGUGAGAUACAUUCAACCUCUUGCAAAUUGAAGGACAUUUAUGAAACACAGAGAGACGAAAGAUAAAAUAUAUCUAUUUGUAUCUUUUUUCUUGGUAACUUUUUUGGGGAAGCCUGGCUUCCCUUGGCAUCCAUGAAUACACGCCACUGACCAUUUGCCAUUUUCUGUUUACCAUUUACCAUGUCUGUUUACAGUUUCCAAUUCUCAGUUAAUCAUUUUUAAUUUUAAUUUUUAUGUUCAUUGUGGUAUGAAUCAUUUACACUGAUGUUUGUCUUGUAUAUUGUGCUGUUUGUGUUGUGUAGUGUUGAGGACUGUUUGUGCCAUGUAGUGUUGAGGACUGUUUGUGUUGUGUAGUGUUGAGGACUGUUUGUGUUGUGUAGUGUUGAGGACUGUUUGUGCCGUGUAGUGUUGAGGACUGUUUGUGUUGUGUAGUGUUGAGGACUGUUUGUGUUGUGUAGUGUUGAGGACUGUUUGUGCCGUGUAGUGUUGAGGACUGUUUGUGUUGUGUAGUGUUGAGGACUGUUUGUGCCGCGUAGUGUUGAGGACUGUUUGUGCCGUGUAGUGUUGAGGACUGUUUGUGCCGUGUAGUGUUGAGGACUGUUUGUGCCGUGUAGUGUUGAGGACAGUUUGUGCCGUGUAGUGUUGAGGACUGUUUGUGUUGUGUAGUGUUGAGGACUGUUUGUGCCGUGUAGUGUUGAGGACUGUUUGUGUUGUGUAGUGUUGAGGACUGUUUGUGUUGUGUAGUGUUGAGGACUGUUUGUGUUGUGUAGUGUUGAGGACUGUUUGUGCCGUGUAGUGUUGAGGACUGUUUGUGUUGUGUAGUGUUGAGGACUGUUUGUGCCGUGUAGUGUUGAGGACUGUUUGUGUUGUGUAGUGUUGAGGACUGUUUGUGUUGUGUAGUGUUGAGGACUGUUGUGUGUAGUGUUGAGGACUGUUUGUGUUGUGUAGUGUUGAGGACUGUUUGUGCCGUGUAGUGUUGAGGACUGUUUGUGUUGCCACAUUGCUGCACAAUUGUUGUAUGAUGUCUUAGUUCAGGUAUCUCUGGCAGUCUGUUUAAUAUCUAUUAAACCCAGCAAUUAAGACGUUUUUAACUGGCGCUCUGACUCUCAGUGCAGAGGGGAUCCUCAUUUCUGGUCUGUGAAAGACAUUAGGAUAAUUGUAUAUGGAGGUUAUUUGUAUACCUGAGGUCAAAACAUUGCAUUAUUUUGAAACAUGAGAGGAAACCUUUGUCAUUAUGAGUGGAGGUCUCAGGGUUUCUCUUUCUGCACUAGCAGGUGCUGUGACAGAAGUUCACAACCAUUUUUCUCAUGCUGCCGAACUGGACGUACAGUAGUAGUGGCAUAUGGGAGUCUCUUCACGCCCAUAGCUCUGGCUAUUCCUGAAAAGAGACUACAUUUAGUGACAUUUUCACAAGUGACCUGACCUCAUAACUUCUAGCAUCAUGUUUUUACUGGAUCAUGAAAUGACACAAUAAUACUGCAGCAUCCAAUACAAAACAUGGUUUCAUGGUCGACUUUAUUAUACAUAUUCUUUGCCAAUUUUGUCAGUACAUGCUCUACCAUUUGAGGUCAGGGCUGAUAAUAACAAAGAUUGAAAAUAAACUGGCUGAGGUUUGAGUUUAUGCCCUGUUGAGGUAAUUCUCAAGACAGAUGAUGUAAUGUGAUCUGGCAUUAGAAUACCCUAUUUAUAUGGCACAAACACUGAGGCUCUGCUCCAAUAUCUCAAAUCAAAUCAAAUACAUGUUUAUUUGUCAAAUGCGCCAAAUACAACAGGUGUAGACUUUGAGUUUAUUUUUAUUUUUACAGCGACAGUGCACAUUAAUCAACGUUUCAGUAAAAAGGCCGGUUUUAGCCAGCCGGCUAACUUUCAACCGCAGUGCCAGGGCAGGUUAUUAAAAACUAUUACAAUAACAAUCCAGACAAACAAUGAGCAGUGAGCCAUGCAGAGCAACACAGGAUAAGCAACACGUAGCACGCAGACAGAGCAACACAGGACAAGCAACACGUAGCACGCAGACAGAGCAACACAGGACAAGCAACACGUAGCACACAGACAGAGCAACACAGGACAAGCAACACGUAGCACGCAGACAGAGCAACACAGGACAAGCAACACGUAGCACGCAGACAGAGCAACACAGGACAAGCAACACGUAGCACGCAGACAGAGCAACACAGGACAAGCAACACGUAGCACGCAGACAGAGCAACACAGGACAAGCAACACGUAGCACACAGCAAUAGCACAAAAAGCAACAAAACAAAAUACAUAAAAGCAAUGAAGUGUUUACACACCUCACAAGCUACAGACAACUUUAACGUGAAAUGCUUACUUACAAGCCCUUUCCCAACAAUGCAGAGUUAAAAAGUAAACAUGUAAAAAGCACUAUAAAAUUACAAUAACGAGGCUAUAUACAAGGAGUACCGGUACCGAGUCAAUGUGCAGGGGUACUCUGACCUAACUGCUGGAUAUCACAAGGUCAUAUGAGGAGCAGGUGCAUCUUUUCUUUAGGUCUAUUGUAGAAUAUUUGGAUUGUGUAUGUUCAUUCACCACCGGUGAGCUGGCCGGGCAGGUCAUGUAGUACAGUGGUUCCCAAACUGUGGGGCGUGCCCCCUAGGGGGAGCAUGAGGGGUCGGCAGGGGAACUUAGUCCGGCUUUCAACUUACUCUUGAAAGUUGUAAUAGUAGAAUGCACAAGGUGCAAUUUCGAAAUUGGGUAGUGCAUCAUCAGUUCCUCUUGUCAUGUUAGUCAUUGCAUACCUUAGAGAGAUAUUUAUAACUUGUCAGGAUUGUACAGAUCAACUAGCCCAUGUCAGCUAACGUGUUUUUAUUUAGGUUUUUUAGCCUAUAGAUAUAGUUGUAAUGUUUUUGUCACUCAAAUAUCACAUUAAUACACAUUAGACAUGGCAAAAUGUAUAGAAUUGCACGAAAAUUUGCUUUAAAAUUGCAACAUUUUCAUUGCACUCCAUGACAAAAUGUGUAUAAUUGCAGGAAAUUAGCUUUAAACCUGCAAAAUUCUCUCUACCAACAAGAGGGGUGUGAACAGUUUGUGUCAUGAACAGUGCUUGUGCCCAUAGAAAUAGACACGUGCGCGGGAUGUUCCCUAAUGCUGGAAGGGGGGCCCGAGUGAAAAAGUUUGCGAGCCCCUGAUGUUGUACAGUAAAAACAUAGAAGGUAUAGUCUAAGCGUAGGGUACUGUGAGUCUCACAUGGUCAAGAACUUAAAUAUACGUUUGCAUCAUCUCCACUGUUGUUCAAGCCCAAGUCCCUGACAUAAGAGCUUGAGUGUGACUUGAGCGUGAGGCAGGGGGAUAACAAAUCUGCAUCACAAAAAAAAGCAAAGCAGGAAAGCACUGGAAGUUAUUUUAAAUAUGUCAGAUGUGUUUUCUUUUAUGCCUCAAAUCCCUUUUUUAGUGCCUUGGUUAUGAUGCUUUUCCCUUAAUAACAUUGUUUUGUAUGUGUGUGGAGGUGUGAGGGGAGGAGUCAUUGAAUGAUCAUGUAUUUUUGUCUCCCUCACUCACAGUUGGGCAUUGCCAUUGGCUUCCUGGUGCCGCCCAUCCUCGUGCCAAAUGUUGACAAUAUAGACGAGCUGGCAUACCACAUCAGCAUCAUGUUCUACAUCACUGCUGGAGUGGCCACCGUGAUCUUCAUCCUCGUGGUCUUCAGUAAGUCCUGAGGGAAAAUGGACAAUCUUAUGCACAGUACAUCCUAUGGCUAACACAUAUAGUUGGCCAGUAGAGGUACUCCUUCCUAAGCUCAUCCCAAUUAUAACAUAUAACUCUUUCAGUCAUUAUGAGCCUUGAUAUGUUGAAUUCAUUAUAAUGCCAGUAUGAGGUGCCAGUAUUACCUCUCCCCUAACAUUGUCUAUGUCACAACAACUCAUAGAAAACUCAAAGAGAUUUGGUGUCCGACUUGCUUCAUUGUAAGAUUAUUUAAAGGGGGACACAGAGCUCUGCUAUGGCAAUUUGAAUACAAUUACAUUGCAGCAUUGCAUCUCCAGGGCUUACCAUUGGGUCUGCAGUUCUGUAGUCUUCUGUCCUGGAUAUCUAUUUGUCCCUGGCUGUCAUGUUCUCCUGGCAGUGUUAGUGGAUAGGUCAGCAGUCUCAGGGAUUAGUGCGUGUUGAGAUGUGCUCUGAACAGACCACUUAACGUCUCUUCACUCACUCGCUGUGGAUGCCGCAGGGCUUCAAUCGCUGUAAUUGACCGAGAUCCCUUUAGAUGUGAUAUUAAAACGGAGUAGGGACGUUGAGAGGUAUAAUAUAGAAUCAUUCCUUUGCCCCCCUAGGCUCUGUUUAAUGACUAUGACACUUUCUCGGAGUGAUGACAUGGUAGAAUAGAUAGAGAAGUAUUCACAUGAGUCACAUGAACUUCAGUAAGCUAUGUUUGUCCAGUGUUCAUGACUUCUGCAAUUACCCUCAGUGAAAACUGCUGAACUGCCUUUUAAAAUAAUUUUUAUUUCAACAAACCAGGUUAUCCCACUUCUGUUUUGGGGCCUCCCAUGUUUUGUUGAAAGAGGCACAUUGGGCAAGCUUAGACAUGGAACCUGGCCUUAGAAGAAGAAAAGAGAUUCACUGCCUGACCAGACAUCUUUGGUCUAUUCUUGACUAUUGGGAAAUAAAACUCUCCUCCGAUGUCAGCAGACGGUAUUGAGUAGCGACUUAACAAAUUGAUCAAACUGAACACUGGAUAAGACAAGGACCUUUCUAUCUCCCCAGACUGCCCUGAGGGAACAUAUAAGCAUGUUUACAGCCUGUAGCCCUCUAGUUCUGGAUCAGUAAACCGGAUAAUCUUGCAAGAAAAUUCAGAGUCAAUUCAGAGUCACUGGGGAUGGGGGGACAUGUCCCCCCCCCACAUUCUGAAAUUGCAUUUUUGUCCCCCCCCAGUUUUAUAAUUGGAAUGUGAUACAAAACGAGGCAACGUGUGCUUUAGGACCAUGCGGACGCCUCCGAGUGGUCAGGUAGGCUAAAAGUAUGUCCCCCCCACUUCUAAAACCAAAGUUGUGCCCCUGAGACAACCUAUACCUCUCUUGGCAAGGUCCGCUGGAUCCAACCCAUGGCAACUUCACCCUGGUCACAUGAUUAACCCGGCCACACCCUCUGCGGCCCCCCUCAACAUGCCAACAUUCAGGCUACUGACAAGGCCGGUGGACAAUGUUUUGCUGCACUUUCACACUCAACCAAAUGAAACUGGAGCCAUGGGUGGAGGCUGUGGGCAGAUAGAGGCCUGGCCAGCAACACUGGUGCACUGAGGGGAUAGGAUGUUGCAUGUUUUCUUUAUUUUCUACCACUAUAGCUAUAGGUUUUCUCACUCAGAUAACACACUGAGGGUCACAGCUAAGUGGUUGAUCUCACCUCAAACUGUUACUAUAUUUAUCUUGAGACUUUGUACUCAAGAUUUCUUUAUUCUGAUAACGAUGCUGAUACAUACCGUAUGUUCCAGUCUGUAAGUCUUAAAAAAACAGGAAUCUGUUUUUCAAAGGCGCUGAGAGAUAUUUGAUAUUUGAUGUCAGUUGUUAUCAAUUGUGUAUGUAUAAAGGUGUGGUUAAUCAAACAGGUAAGGUAGGUCGCAGUGUGCUGAUGUAGUGGCUGUACUGUAUGUGUCACCCAUAUGUGGUUAGGACUCACUCGCUGUGGAUGCCGCAGGGCUUCAAUCGCUGUAAUUGACCGAGAUCCCUUUAGAUGUGAUAUUAAAACGGAGUAGGGACGUUGAGAGGUAUUAUAUAGAAUCAUUCCUUUGCCCCCCUAGGCUCUGUUUAAUGACUAUGACACUUUCUCGGAGUGAUGACAUGGUAGAAUAGAUAGAGAAGUAUUCACAUGAGUCACAUGAACUUCAGUAAGCUAUGUUUGUCCAGUGUUCAUGACUUCUGCAAUUACCCUCAGUGAAAACUGCUGAACUGCCUUUUUAAAUUAUUUUUAUUUCAACAUACAAACCAGGUUAUCCCACUUCUGUUUUGGGGCCUCCCAUGUUUUGUUGAAAGAGGCACAUUGGGCAAGCUUAGACAUGGAACCUGGCCUUAGAAGAAGAAAAGAGAUUCACUGCCUGACCAGACAUCUUUGAUCUCUUCUUGACUAUUGGGAAAUAAAACUCUCCUCCGGUGUCAGCAGACGGUAUUGAGUAGCGACUUAACAAAUUGAUCAAACUGAACACUGGAUAAGAAAAGGCCAUUUCUAUCUCCCCAGACUGCCCUGAGGGAACAUAUAAGCAUGUUUACAGCCUGUAGCCCUCUAGUUCUGGAUCAGUAAACCGGAUAAUCUUGCAAGAAAAUUCAGAGUCAACCCAGGGGCGCAACUUUCACUGGGGAUGGGGGGACAUGUCCCCCCCCCCCCCCCACAUUCUGAAAUUGCAUUUUUGUCCCCCCCCAGUUUUAUAAUUGGAAUGUGAUACAAAACGAGGCAACGUGUGCUUUAGGACCAUGCGGACGCCUCCGAGUGGUCAGGUAGGCUAAAAGUAUGUCCCCCCCACUUCUAAAACCAAAGUUGUGCCCCUGAGACAACCUAUACCUCUCUUGGCAAGGUCCGCUGGAUCCAACCCAUGGCAACUUCACCCUGGUCACAUGAUUAACCCGGCCACACCCUCUGCGGGCCCCCUCAACAUGCCAACAUUCAGGCUACUGACAAGGCCGGUGGACAAUGUUUUGCUGCACUUUCUCACUCAACCAAAUGAAACUGGAGCCAUGGGUGGAGGCUGUGGGCAGAUAGAGGCCUGGCCAGCAACACUGGUGCACUGAGGGGAUAGGAUGUUGCAUGUUUUCUUUAUUUCCUACCACUAUAGCUAUAGGUUUUCUCACUCAGAUAACACACUGAGGGUCACAGCUAAGUGGUUGAUCUCACCUCAAACUGUUACUAUAUUUAUCUUGAGACUUUGUAUUCAAGAUUUCUUUAUUCUAAUAACGAUGCUGAUUCAUACCGUAUGUUCCAGUCUGUAAGUCUUAAAAAAAAGGAAUCUGUUUUUCAAAGGCGCUGAGAGAUAUUUGAUAUUUGAUGUCAGUUGUUAUCAAUUGUGUAUGUAUAAAGGUGUGGUUAAUCAAACAGGUAAGGUAGGUCGCAGUGUGCUGAUGUAAUGGCUGUACUGUAUGUGUCACCCAUAUGUGGUUAGGACUCACUGUAAGCUGGGUUCUGUAAGAUGCAGUAUCUGAUACCUAUUGAAGCCCUCUGUUAGCUGGGUGCUGUAAGAUAUCUGAUACCUAUUGAAGCCCUCUGUUAGCUGGGUGCUGUAAGAUAUCUGAUGCCUAUUGAACCCCUCUGUUAGCUGGGUGCUGUAAGAUAUAUGAUGCCUAUUGAAGCCCUCUGUUAGCUGGGUGCUGUAAGAUAUCUGAUGCCUAUUGAAGCCCUUUGUCAGCUGUACAGAUAGGUGGAGUAGAGGCUAGUUGAUGUAUGGGUCUACUCCUGCCCCAGUGAGCUGAUCUCUCCUCCCCUUCUCAGACUGAACGUUGGAGCUGGACUCUCCAGCAUGGCUAUUGUUGAAUCACUGAUUGACUGACUCACUCUGGGGAGCACCAGGGAUGUGGAGGAAGAGAGGGGCCCUUGAUAGGACAAACAGUUACUGGUGCAUUUCAUCUCUCCAACUUCUCAUGGUGUUAUUAUCUCUCCAGUCUUCAGGCGAAUUCUCAGACAUGCAUAAUCUCUCCAUCGUUCUCUCAUUCUCUUUCUCACUCUUUCUCUCUCGCUCUUUUAGAGAUAGGCCCGGUUUCUUGCCUUGGCUGUGCUGUACCGAACUAGCUGGCUGUGACUUUGGAUCCAAUUUUAACAUUGUCUUUUAAAGGGCUCUGACAGUUGUGCAACUUCAGAAUCUACAUCCGACCCUUUUCUAAUAUCUUUUGGGUGUGUCUAGAUCAUGUAUGUUGAGAUAACACACAUUUAGGUGUGUCUAUGAUUGGUGUUGUUUGUGAAAUAUUUGUAUAGGAAUUAAUGGUCCAGUGUUACGGGAAUUGCAUACAAACUUCUACAUUACAGUAUAUCAGCAUUAUCACAUUAUCAUUACCGGUUCUGCAUCUGUGUCCAACAGUGUUCCAAGAGAAGCCGGAAAUCCCUCCCACCCUGGCUCAGGUCCAGGCCAGGAGCAUCCCUCCAGAGCAGUACUCCUACAUGGCCUCUAUCCUGAGACUGCUGCAUAACCUACCCUUCAUGCUCCUCGUCAUCAGCUAUGGUGGGUCCUAUUCACCCUCAAUCACCCUCAAAUCACACCCAUGUCUACCAUCAAGGCUGGUCAGAUCAAAGGUUGUUGUGUGGGUGAUGCCCCAGACCUCAUCUUAUACACACACAUGGCCUCACAGCAGAAUUACCCCUCUUUGAAGUACACUGUGCACUAUCCAUUAGUCUAUACUUUGUGUCCCCUGAAUGAGUUCAAGUAAGGUGAACUCACUUACAAAUGUAAAUAUGAACAACGUGGAUGCUGUUGCAUUAUCACAGUGAAAGGUGACAGGUGUAUGAAAACAUGUACCUAGCAUCAGAAUAUAACCAUCUGAAGAUAACAUCUGUUAGGGUCUUAAAGCCAGAUCAAUAGAUCAAUAGGUCAUUAUCAGUUUGUGCAGAGAUACGUGAAUAUAUCUCUUACUAUGUUUUUGUAUCCAGCACACUGUACAUGUGUACAUCCAAAGGUCUUUUUGAGGAUUUUAGGUUUAUUGUCAGAUUCUUAGGGUUUAAAGGUCACAGUCCUUGUAGUUAAUGGUUAACUUAAUGAAGAUGUGCAAUGGUAGCGUUACAUAAAAGUGUUGCCUCAGGUCAGCUUAGCCUGAUUCAGUUUUUACUGAAUUGUUGGCUGCCGUGGCUGUCCCAUCUCAAUAUAAACAAUGACAUAAAUGCUAGAGUUUAACUAUUACUUAUGUUAUGCCCUUUAACUGUUUGGAAAUAUGAAGUUUUACUUGUUUAGAUUUCAUUUUUUAAAUGUUAUUUGUUAUUAACAUUGUUUACCCUUUGAUGUGGCAAAUAAGGAUUUUCAGAAAUAAGACAACAAACCUUAAGGGCAAAGCUGUCCUAACCAAUUAAAUAUUGAGUGACACACCACAAUUUAUGUCAAAGUCAAAUAGUCUCUCCUUUGCACUAGUGUAGUAGUAGACUGGCUAAGGGCCAAGUAUGGGUUCCAUGUGUGUGUCUGCCAGGCUUCCUUUAGGACAGGGCCAGUGAAACCCAAACACAGCAUCCCAUCUGGAUCCCCCUGCUUUCCCUGCAGGCCUCCUCGCUCAGACUAAAGAAAGACCUGCUCCUCUGCAGACUACAGCUCCUGUAAAAUACAGCUCUGUCUCGGAGUACAGAAACAGAACUAACAUGUUUCCUGAUGUUUUCUGCAGGGCUGAAUGUCGGUUGUUUCUAUGCUGUUUCCACACUGUUGAACCGGAUGAUUAUUGAGCAUUAUCCAGUAAGUCUCACCUGAAUCUUAUCACAACCAAACCAACAUAGUCUGCAUAAGUCCCUCUGUGGUCAUGACCUUCAGUUAUAUCCUCAAUUACUGUAUUCAAGGAAGAUCUUGAGAUGUUACCUCCCCAAUAAGUAAAACAUGUAAAUGUGUAAUCUAUAAUUAAGGGUAUUUUCUAGACUAAAGACAAAAUUCUAUAGCCCCAAAAAAGAUAACUGGGGUCUAAGAGAUAACUAGUACCAUGUUGUAGUAGCAAGUAGGCUCACCCCAGAUAAGAUAACUGAAGGGCGUGAGAGGGUCAGGAUGUCAAAUGUUAGACUGCAGAAAGACCAAUUCUGUCAUGUUCACCUCCACAGGGUGAAGAGGUGAAUGCUGGGAGAAUUGGCCUCACCAUUGUCAUUGCGGGGAUGGUGGGGUCCCUCAUAUGUGGGAUCUGGUUGGACAAGACCAAAACCUACAAGUAAGAUACUCCAAGGAACACUUGAGAGAACACAAUACUUGACUAAAAACACACAUUAUUGCAUGCAGCAUUAUGCUCCUAGAUACAAUAGCUUUUUUGUGUGACUUUGAUCACUGAGUGGCCUUUUGGGCCCUAAGCGAGAUUUGGUUGGGGGGCCGCCCCCACCUCGCUGGGAAAACAUUUUAGUUCCCCCCCUCUUGAUGGCUGAGAAAACGUUUUAAGUGAAUGUCCUGCAAUUCUACACAUUUUGCCAUGUGGUGUAGAGAAAAUGUUACAGUUUUAAAGCAAGUUUUCUGCAAUUCUAUACAUUUUGACAUGGGAUGUAAAGAAAAUGAUGCCAUUUUAUUUUUUGAAAAAUCAUGCAAUUCUACUAAUUUUGCCAUGGGGCAGAGCGUAAAAUGGGCCAUUUAACAGCUAAUUUCCUGCAAUUCUACCCAUUUUGUAAUAACUGAUGCCAUGAUAAAAUCAAUGUGGGCCCCCUGGAGGUCAGGGCCCCUGGGCACGUGCCCUGCGUGCCCGGUCGGUAUAAGGCCAUGAUUAAUACAACUUUAGAGAGCUGGCUAGACUUACCAAUCUGACAUGGCUUAUUGACUGACUGUCAGUGACUGACAUAACAAGAUAAAAACUGCUGAUGCACAACCAAAUUUCAAAAUUGCACCUUGUGUAUUCUAGUAACAGUAAGUUGAGACCCUGACUGAGUUCCUAAAAAAACUAAAACGAUUUGGUUGGGGGCCCCCUAGUGGCACUUAUGCCCAGGGCUCAGUGGCCUUUCCUUAGUACUAAGUAACUAAAUAAGGUCCCCAACUUAGACAGAUACACAUUGUAAUAGUGUGGCUGUAGCUGGUUGCUGACAAGGCUGCUGACUAAUCUUUUGUCUGAUGACACCAGAAAAUUCCCAGGAAUUGGCUUUAUAAUCCUCUCAAGCUUUUUUGUCACGCUCUGUGAUCAAGUCAGUCAAGCUCUGUGUUGAAAGAGGUCCAGUAACUGCUGAUGAGUUAGUUAAUAAGAUAAGAUAAGAGCUGUUAAGGUCCCACUGCUCAUCUCUUAUUUGAGAACCUUUGCCCUUUUUAAUUAGUGAUUAAAAUGUGAUUUGCCUUGGGUACAGAUAACUAUUGUGUACAGAUAAAGACUAGUUCAUACAGCUCUCAUGCUCAAGCAGUAGCCAGAUUCACUGUAUCUACUUAAGCUUACUCAUACAUAUAAUAUCCCAAAAUCAUAUCCUUCAUUAAAAAACUAUCCAUAGCAUAGGUUGACAAGGUAACAAUCAGUAAUGUUGUGAUACUCUCUUGAGCUCCGGGUUAUAAAAACAAUAAACCCAAUAUGACCUUGGAUGGGCUGGGCUCUUGCUUCUGUCAUUAGCCACUCUAAAGGAAGCACUUUCUGCAUGAAUGCCUUUUAAAUCUCUCAUUCAAAGGCAGAUUAGUUAUUUUAGAUUAGUUAUUUUUGUUGGAAGUGGAAACCAUUGAGGUUCUGGAGGAACUAAGUGUUGUAUCUGAUGCCUCUCCCUGCAUAUCCGAGCUGACAAGCUUUAGCUAUGAAUCCUCUCAGCUGAAGUACUGGCCUCAGGCACCAUAGAGAAUGGUGCCUGAGAGGAAGUCUCUAUCCUUGAAACGCAUCUAUAUACAGAUGUAGGAUCUUAAUUUGAGCCAGUUUGCUACAGCAGGAAAAUAAUCCUGCAGAAACAGGAAAUGUGAAUUAUUACAGUGAGGGAAAAAAGUAUUUGAUCCCCUGCUGAUUUUGUACGUUUGCCCACUGACAAAGACAUGAUCAGUCUAUAAUUUUAAUGGUAGGACUAGUUGAACAGUGAGAGACAGAAUAACAACAAAAAAAUCCAGAAAAACGCAUGUCACAAAUGUUAUAAAUUGAUUUACAUUUUAAUGAGGGAAAUAAGUAUUUGACCCCUCUGCAAAACAUGACUUAAUACUUGGUGGCAAAACCCUUGUUGGCAAUCACAGAGGUCAGACGUUUCUUGUAGUUGGCCACCAGGUUUGCACACAUCUCAGGAGGGAUUUUGUUCCACUCCUCUUUGCAGAUCUUCUCCAAGUCAUUAAGGUUUCGAGGCUGACGUUUGGCAACUCGAACCUUCAGCUCCCUCCACAGAUUUUCUAUGGGAUUAAGAUCUGGAGACUGGCAGGCCACUCCAGGACCUUAAUGUGCUUCUUCUUGAGCCACUCCUUUGUUGCCUUGUGUUUUGGGUCAUUGUCAUGCUGGAAUACCCAUCCAUGACCCAUUUUCAAUGCCCUGGCUGAGGGAAGGAGGUUCUCACCCAAGAUUUGAUGGUACAUGGCCCCAUCCAUCGUCCCUUUGAUGCGGUGAAGUUGUCCUGUCCCCUUAGCAGAAAAACUCCCCCAAAGCAUAAUGUUUCCACCUCCAUGUUUGACGGUGGGGAUGGUGUUCUUGGGGUCAUAGGCAGCAUUCCUCCUCCUCCAAACACGGCGAGUUGAGUUGAUGCCAAAGAGCUCGAUUUUGGUCUCAUCUGACCACAACACUUUCACCCAGUUCUCCUCUGAAUCAUUCAGAUGUUCAUUGGCAAACUUCAGACGGCCCUGUAUAUGUGCUUUCUUGAGCAGGGGGACCUUGCGGGCGUUGCAGGAUUUCAGUCUUUCACGGCGUAGUGUGUUACCAAUUGUUUUCUUGGUGACUAUGGUCCCAGCUGUCUUCAGAUCAUUGACAAGACCUUCCUGUGUAGUUCUGGGCUGAUUCCUCACCGUUCUCAUGAUCAUUGCAACUCCACGAGGUGAGAUCUUGCAUGGAGCCCCAGGCCGAGGGAGAUUGACAGGUCUUUUGUGUUUCUUCCAUUUGCGAAUAAUCGCACCAACUGUUGUCACCUUCUCACCAAGCUGCUUGGCGAUGGUCUUGUAGCCCAUUCCAGCCUUGUGUAGGUCUACAAUCUUGUCCCUGACAUCCUUGGAGAGGUCUUUGGUCUUGGCCAUGGUGGAGAGUUUGGAAUCUGAUUGAUUGAUUGCUUCUGUGGACAGGUGUCUUUUAUACAGGUAACAAGCUGAGAUUAGGAGCACUCCCUUUAAGAGUGUGCUCCUAAUCUCAGCUCGUUACCUGUAUAAAAGACACCUGGGAGCCAGAAAUCUUUCUGAUUGACAGGGGGUCAAAUACUUAUUUCCCUCAUUAAAAUGCAAAUCAAUUUAUAACAUUUUUGACAUGUGUUUUUCUGGAUUUUUUUGUUGUUAUUCUGUCUCUCACUGUUCAAAUAAACCUACCAUUAAAAUUAUAGACUGAUCAUUUCUUUGUCAGUGGGCAAACGUACAAAAUCAGCAGGGGAUCAAAUACUUUUUUCCCUCACUGUAUAUGGAUUAUAAUUGAUGGACAUUUUUUGUAGGGGUUGAUACAUUUUUCAUUAGGGCAAAUCAAGUCUGGGAAAGGGAAAGGGAAAGGGGGAUGGAUACCUAGUCAGUUGUACAACUGAACGCAUUCAACUGAAAUGUGUCUUCCGUAUUUAACCCAACCCCUCUGAAUCAGAGAGAUGCGGGGGGCUGCCUCAAUCGACAUCCAUGUCAUCGGCGCCUGGGGAACAGUGGCUGACAUUUUAAAGUGGAGAUUACAAACUUGAGAAGCCUUCCUGCUGUGUAGGAAAAUUAUCAGUAACAAAAGAGUGAUCAAGUUAAGAUGCUACAUCUGCUGACGUCAUUAAUGCAGUCAUUCAGACAUCGGCACAGACAAUGUCCAAUUCCGUUUGACCUCCUUUCUAUUUGUUUUGGUCAAAUAACACAGGCCGUUGUUUCUCACCACAGAGCAGUCAUUCAUCAAACACCUUCUGACCUGAUCAUGAACAAACAAUGAAUCAACUAUGUAGUAAUUUUAGGUGAUACCCAACUUUACACAUCAGGGAAUGCUAUAACAACAGCAGUGGCAGUACCAAGUGUUUACCUGCCAACCUAGCCUCCUAACUCCCACUUCACACCCAGGAGACAGUUAUCUAAAUAGGACUAAUCGUAGCAAAACAUGCUCAGCAUUUAAUGUCCAACAAGAUAUUGUAGCCUAUAGCUUUUGCGACUCCAGGAGAAGAGUAAUAGCGGAGCGGCUUGCAUAAUUGUGCACAGGCUCAUCUGGAAAAGAGAGGCUAUGUGUAGCUGAAGAAGCUCAUUCAUAUUAGCUCAUUUGUUGGCUAAACAUUAGGCCUAAUACGGCAGUAAAUGUAUUAUCUCCAGACAAUGUGAUCACACCAUUGCAUGCUUUCUCUCCUUUCAAACUCCCCACCAGUUAUUUUGGCUGAAGACAGAUAGCCUACUAGUGAUUUGCAGUUUAAGUUAGAAACGCAUGCAUAUUAACCCAUCAUUUAGUAGCUAAAUAUAAGGGCCUUUAAAAAUGGAGCUGUCAAGAAAAAAAGAUGCAAUGGCAGAUACGGUGUGUGUGUUUCCCCAUGCAUUUCUGUGACAAUAGACAAUAACAGCUCAAGGACAGAACUACAUACAUUUAAAUGGAGAGAAUAAAUGCAUUAAAAGCAUUUCUGUGAAGCUUUGUGAUUGACAAGGGCAAGUUUGAUGUCGGACAACAAUAGAAUGUUCAUUAUUUAAGAUGAAAGGCAACGUUUUAUACUGAGGCGUUGGCGGGACUUUUAAACAUAAUACUGCAUUCAUUACUACCUCGGUUAGCGGAAAUAAAAGUACAGGCUUUAUGACCGGCAAUACCUUUCAAAUAUAAAGAAAAGGUGGUAAAAAGUUGAUGGCAUGGUAAAGUUGGCGACUUUUCGUCUUGGUAUGAAAGGGAUAUAUAACACAAUAUGUUAUGAGGGUGAAAAUUGUUUCCCCAAAUUCUUCACAUGCCAUUUGAAUAAAUUCAGCCAAAGCAGUCAACCCAGAUUUCUGUUAUUGACACUCCCUUCCUCAUACCUCCAUGUGUGUGAGAGACAAAGGACUAAGUUGUAUUAACAACAACAGCUGAGUGGAGCAAUGUUUCAUGCGUGGUUGUACAGGAAGAGCUUCACCAUAGUAAGCCUGUUGGUGUAGGCCAGAAUGUGCCAGAGUUUUGAUAAGGGGGUCUUAGAUGGUCAGGAAUCUUGUUUUUCCUCUCAUAGAGGAUGGGAUGGGAGGUGUUAACAGUGAAGCCACAGCCAGCCUCAUCAAACAGUUCUGCAUACUAUUUCAGAACCUCAACUGGUUACUGGUGCUGUAUGUAGGCCUACCACAGAGUGUUGCAGGACUGGAACUUUUCUGAAGUGCUUUGUGAAACUUAUGUAAAAGCAAUAUCCAGAUAAGAUGAAUACAUUGCAGACUCAUUCAAAUCCCAUAUGGGAUAUACAGCAAUGUUGACGUGUCCUUGAGCAAUGCACCAAAUCAAACCGCUUAUAAAAAUGUAGUUAGUACAUUUCUGUUUACACAAACAUACAGUACAUUUCAUACAGGCAAAACCCAGAACAAAACAAACAUAUAUUAUUAUUUUCCUCUCUCCCCAGACAGACUACCCUGGCUGUAUAUCUUCUGUCCUUCGUGGGAAUGGUGGUCUAUGCCUUCACCCUCAACUUAGGCCACCUAUGGGUAGUGUUUGUAAUGUCGGGGGCUCUAGGGUAAGAGUGAACAAACACUAUGACCAUACACAAUGAUGUUUGUGAAUUAUUUGCAUUUACUAGCUAUUCCACCUUUAGCAUGUCAGUUGUAAUGUGGGGUGGACUAGGUUUCCUGCCCUGGUCACACUGCAUGCUAUUUACAUUGCAAACGGCCUCCUUGCUCUUUAAACAGCCACUCUGUGGGAAGAGACAGACAAUAUCUUAAAAUGCUGAGUAGUUGUGUUCAAAGACUGUUUAACAUCAAGUGUAGUGGGAGACAAGUCCAUUUAAAUGAUUCUGUGCAACAUUAAUUAUUUUCCCCUGGAGUUUAAUAAGUAUUUUAUUAUUUGUUAAUUGAUGUAUAAAGGAUAUGAACAAGGUGAAGGUUUAAAAGGGUGUGCUAGAGUAAUGCCCUCAGAGGAGAUUUGGCUGUGGAGUAGAUUUGUUAUUUCUCUCAGCAGGCAUGAAAUGUUAAAAGUGCUGCUCUUUAGUUUGAGUAAAAACAACACUGAUAAACCUCCUAUGUCUUCAGGUUCUUCAUGACUGGGUACCUGCCGCUUGGCUUUGAGUUUGCUGUGGAGCUGACCUUCCCAGAGUGUGAGGGCACCUCCUCAGGCCUGCUCAACUGUUCAGCUCAGGUAACAGAGAUCAUACUUUGGGAUCAUAUUCACUAUCGAAGUAGUACAUCUAGGUUUGUUGUAUGCAUGAAGUCUAUGUAUGAACUCAAUGAAUUUUAUGCACGCUUUGACAAUAACAACAUCGUGCCGGGUGUGAGAGCCACCACCAACCCAGAAGAUUUGGUGAUCUCGCUCUCCAAGGCCGAAGUGAGUCCAGUCUGUAAUCCCCACAUGUUUUAAGAUGACUACCAUCAUUCCUGUUCCUAAGAACUCUAAGGCUUCAUGCCACAAUGACUACCGCCCUGUAGCACUCACAUCUGUAAUCAUGAAGUGCUUUGAGAGGCUGGUUAUGCCACACAUCAACUCCAUCAUCCCAGACACCCAAGACCCCCUCCAAUUUGUAUACCGCCCCAACAGUUCCAUAGACGACGCAAUCUCAAUUGCACUCCACACUGCCCUCACCCACCUAGAUAAGAGGAAACCCUAUGUGAGAAUGCUGUUCAUUGACUAUAGAUCAGCGUCAGGAAGAUCCUGGACUUCCUGACGGGCCUACCCCAGGUGGUGAGGGUAGGCAACAUCACCUCUGCUCUGCCUCAACACGGGGCCCCACAGGGGUGUGUCCUUAGUCCCCUCCUGUACUCCCUGUUCACCCACGACUGCGUGGCCAUGCUCGACCCCCAACACCAUCCACCUCGAUGGGGCUGCAGUGGAGCAGGUCGAGAGCUUAAAGUUCCUCUGUGUCCAAAUCACUAAGAACUUAAAAUGGUCCACACACGCGCACAGUCGUGAAGAAGGCGCAGCACCGCCUCUUCCCUCUCAGGGGGUUGAAAAGGUUUGGCAUGGGCCCCCAAAUCCUCAAAAAGUUAUACAGCUGUACCAUUGAGAGCAUCUUGACUGGCUGGAUCACUGCUUGAUAUGGCAAUAGCACUGCCCUAGAUUGCAUGGCGCUACAGAUGGUGGUGCGGACAGCCCAGUACAUCACUGGGGCCGAGCUCCCUGCCAUCCAGGACCUCUAUAUCAGGCCUUAUGAAAGGAAGGCCUGGGAAAUCGUUAAAGACUCCAACCACCAAAGCCAUAUAAUGUUCUCUCUGCUUCCGCACGGCAAGCGGUACCUGUACAUCAGGUCUGACACCAACAGGCUCCUGAACAGCUUCUAUCCCCAAGCCAUAAGACUGCUAAAUAGCUAAUUAAAUAGCUAAUAAAAUGGCUACACGGACUAUCUGAGUUGGCCUUUGUAUUUUAUUCUUAUUUUUGCACUGUUUCUAUGCACACUCACAGGACCCUACACACUAUGCACACUGAUACUCCAACAUGCAUACAAACGCUCACGCCAUAAUUUGCACACACACAUAAUAUGCACAUACAUUAAAAUGUUAUACAGACUCUACUCACACCCAACUCAGAUACAAUCAUCAUAUACGCUGCUACUACUCUGUUUAUAAUAUAUCCUGAUGCCUACAGUAGUCACCUUACCCCUAUACAUAUCUACCUCUAUCGAUCCAGUAUCCCUGCACAUUGUAAAUAUGGUACUGGAACUGACCCUGUGUAUAGUAUGCUUACUUACUUUAUUGUGUUCUUCUUAUUUUUAUAUAUUGUGUGUUUUUGUACUACCUUGUUAUUUUUUGUAUUAUAUUGUUAUUGAUUACUGCAUUGUUAAGGGUUAGAGCUUGCAAGAAAGGCAUUUCACUGUACUUGUGCAUGUGACAUUAAAACUUGAAACUUGAAUGUGUUUAGAGAUGAUCAACUCUCAUGUUCACUCCCCUCAUUUGCCUUCCAUCUUCUUCCAGAUAUUUGGGAUCAUAUUCACCAUUGGUCAAGGGAAGAUCAUAGAGCACUUUGGCACAUUCGCUGGGAACAUUUUUCUCUGUGUCUUCCUCUUCAUAGGCACUAUUAUGACAGGUAGAGUUUGCUUACCCCGCACACACAUAUUAUAGCCUUAUUUUGCAAUAACAGAACAGCUUUAUGGUAGAUUGAACAUUGGACACAUCUGCCUGCAGCUGUUAUAGUCAAGCACAGUGUCAUGUUAUGUGAUCCACAUUAUAUGGGGCUGUAGUAAGGCACGACUCCUCAAAUCAUUGAGUCAGUUGCACAGAUGUUGUAUAACAGCUGUGUCUAGGAUUCAUCAUGGAGUAAUGAUGCCCUCUAGUGGCUCAUAGUAACACAUUUUCAUGCAGUAGUACAUUUCCCACAUUGUUUUAGAGGCUAUACAUGCCCCAUGUAUUCUUGAAUAUGAAUGCUAUAUAUGACCCAUGCAUUCCUAAUAUCUGUUUCUGAGAAGUUCUGAGUAGUACCUUUCCUCUUUAUAUGUCACAGCAUUCAUCAAGUCUGACCUCCGACGGCAAAAGGCCAACCAUCUGGCUGAGACACAGGCGGCGAGUGUAAGUAUAUCUGUUUCUGCUAUUUGGUGUCAGCGGUAGGAUCUCUGCAUUCCAGUUAAAAGGGAUGUGAUGUGUUGGAUACUGGCUGUCUGGCUGCUUCUCUGGGGCUGGGUUCUUCUUGCUUGCGGAGUGGAUACAGGGGUAACAGGCAUCAGACACCACCAUGCUUUUCCUCAGCUCUCUGAAAACAACCUAGGUGUUUCUGAAAACAUGACUUUGCACCCGCUGUCAGCGCUCCAACUAGCUGUAUUUGAUUAUAUGCCUCGCUGGUGUUUGAUACAAAAGCAUGCUUAAGAAGUUUCUGUUUCAUUCGACAUGCAAACAUGCAUUACAAAGAUACUAUACCUUUCGUCACAGAUUAUUAUGACUGCAAACUGCAGAGCUAUAAGAAGCUACAGGUAUCGCACAAUAUUUACAUUUACAUUUUAAUCAUUUAGCAGACGCUCUUAUCCAGAGCGACUUACAGUUAGUGAGUGCAUACAUUAUUCUUUUUUUUAUAUAUAUAUAUUUUUUUUUUUACUGGCCCCCCGUGGGAUAUCAGGGUGAAAUAUCCUUGUGGUUUAUCUGGAGUAUAAAACUACAAUGAUAAUACAAUGACUCAGUAUAUUCAUCAUAAGAGUGUACAAUAGGCAAUAGUAAAAACAUAUAUCACAUUUUCUUUUUCAAUUUCACUCACUUGGCAGCAAAAUAAAUCAUAUACAAAUGGCUUGCUUACGCAAUAUAAAAUUGAAUUCUCAAAUAAAUAAAAGCUUUAAUCAUAUAAUAGAUUCAUAAUAAACCUCAGGUUCAGCUCACCAUUGGCCAGUGAUGUUCAGCUGUUCAAGAUCAACUUUAAAUCAUUAACAAGACUCUCAUGCCUAACAAAUCCAUUCUGCUCAGCACCUGUAUUCUUUCUAUUAUGAGAAUAUCGCUAUCACUUAUUUGAUCUCAAUCCAGGAUGGAAGCUUUACCCACUUCCUUUAUGCAGUACUACAAUAAUCCCAUCAAUACUUCUCUUAAUAUUUGAAGCCAGUGCAAUGUCCCUUGUCUCCAGUAACAGUGCCAAGAGAAUUCAAGAUAAUUUUCUCUCUACAUUUUUUAUUGGAUGUUGAAAAUGGGAUGCAUGUUAGUCACAGUAAGUAGCAUUGUAUUAGUCGAAAAUAUAGCUUAGAACGUUUUUAUAGCGUUUUAUAGCGUCUGAAGAGUCAAAAGUCCAUAUUGCAUAAUUUUACUGCUUAAUCCAUAAUCCUUUACAAUUCCACUCCAGCUUUAUGUCAUAUCCUUUCCAUCCCCAGAAGAGUCCUCAUUAAGAGGAGGCUCUCUCUAGAGGCAGGUGGAGUGCUGGAGUUAGAAGAAAGUUUUAUGGGAGGGUCUGGUAAGGGCAGAGGGAUUAUGAUGAUAGUGAUAGGGAUGGUGGAGGAGCCCUCUUGCCCCUCUUGUACGUGAUCCCCUAGCCGUUGUUCCAGGCUACAGGUUCCCCGUCUCGGGUACAGGACUACGGGGCUACAACACCCAGCAACCCCCAGGAGCAGCAAUCCUGACACUAACCUCACUAAAACCCAAACACACACCUGUCAAGGUAGGGGUAUCAAGUCUGUGAGGUUAUAUCACACAAGCAAAGUGCUGCACUGUACAGGACUGUACAAAAUGCAAUCACAAAGAGCACUGGUAUUGGGGAUGUGUUGAGAAUUCCCAUUGAAAGAUAAAGACAUCAGACACUUAAUUCACUUAUAAUCUUUACACAUUAAGCAUUUUCUAAAUACUGUAGCCUAUAACCCACUUCAGCAAGGUGAAAGGUCUUAAACAAAGGUAGAAGGUCUUAAAUAAAGACAUGGCACCUGCUAUUUCUGUGAAAAGAGCAAUAACUUGGAUUGAGAUGCCACGUGGGACUACCCAAAGCAGAUUACAGGGAUUGGUAAAGCACAAGGAGGCUCCAAGCAGGCUUGGGAGUUAAUAUCUGGAUAGGGUACUGCGCUUCAAUUACAAGAAUCAGUAAGACUAAUGUUCUGUCAGCUAAGCAGUGACUGAGGCACUGAAGUACUGUAAAACCUUGUUGGAAAUGAAGUGAUCAUGCAAAAGCUUUGUUGAAGUAUUCCACUUGCAGCUUCAGUGUAAUAUUAGAGUGUGCUUUGAACUAUUUAUCCUUCGGUUGAUCAUCCUAACACAAUUGAAAGUUUUAACAUAGUACAGUAAUACAUAAUAUAACAUUGGAACAUCAUGAGGAAAAUCUGAUUUCUAAUAGUAAUGUUUUGAUUUGACAGAAACAGGCAGGCAUCUCACCGCCAGCUACACUGAAGGAGGUCAAGGUAUAAGGAGUAGUUCCAGUUGCACGGGUGUGAGAAGAAAGACAGCCCAGCACACACUGUCACAGACAUGUUUGAAAACUACCAAAGGAUGUACACACACAAACAUUUACAAACAGGAACAGAUACAGUACAUACACUGAAAAGCAUGCUGCUUUCCCUUUACAAAUGUGAAGGUGAGCACAUGCACAAGUGAAUAAUUUGGGUGAACAUGUAAUUAAUGUACACAAUUGAAACUAUGACAUGGAGGAGGCCUCUCUGAGGAAGUCAGAGCCCAGGAAUGUGCAGCUGAACGUACUAGAGGCCGGGGUAUGGACACCCUGCUCUGGCUUUAGUUCCAGUGACCGCUAUUUCUACUGCCUAACACAACAGGCUCCCCAGAUCAACUCAAACCAUGCAGAGAGGAACUCACUUGGAAUUCACAGGUUCUCCCUCUCUAGCAAAUUACUCUACAGAAGAUAACUAGUUUGAUUAUCAAGCACAGCCAGAGGUAUUUCAAGUUUAAUGACCUGAUGAUUAAUAUUUAAGUGUCACUUUUUGAGAGUACACUGUGAAUGGUUCAUCUUUUCAUUUUGUUUCUUUAGCUUUAAAUGUCUCCAAUCUAAAUAAUGUAAAUGUUGAUGUCUGUGCAUUCCGAUAUGAGCAGUAUUUAAACUGUGCUUUUUGUUUGCUGACAUUUGACCAAUACCUUACCGUAACCAAACUAAGUCUUUACAUCGCUAAAUCUAUUAAUGUAACUGUUCUAUUUUUGGAAUGUGUUAGUUAAAAGUAGACAACAGAUUCAGUGGUUUUAGUUGAAUGGCAGUCUGUUCAGAGGUCCAAUCCAAUCAAGCCAACUCACCUAGUGGCUUAACAGGAUUUUGAGAUCUGCCAUAUAGGAUUACACAGAGAUAUUUGUGAGUACUGCUGAUAAUGGUGAAUAUUGUUGAUACUGUGCCUCUGAGUAGGUCUCAGAAGGAAUCAACCUGCUUUAACCACAUUCUUAGAAUAGAAGUCAGAAACUUUGGGACUAUUGUAUUUAAUGCUCUGCAUUGACUUGUUUAAGAGCCUUAAACGCUAUGAUAACAGAAUGUGAGCACAAAAUCAUUAGCGUGGAGAGAUAGACAAUCCAAUUGACUUGUAAUUUUGCACAAGGUAGGCUAGUGUUGUAUUUUGUAUGUAUGAUUCUUCUGGCCUGUAUAUUUGUUACUGAGAAACCCCUUUCAUGCCAUACUUUAUGUUAACAGUGAAUAUUUUAGAAGAAAAUCCAGUGCAGUGUUUUAUCUGCUUAUUUGACUUGUGUUGUGGUUAGAUGUGUUGUGGUUAGAAGUUGUCCAGUGAAGUUGUCCAAAGUGUUGUUUAUCACUCCAAUGACACAGUAUAUUUUUUGAAGGAUCACUUUAUAUACAAUACAUCAAAUGGUGAUGUAGUUUUAAGUGCUUCUCAUACUCAGUAAUGAACAACAUAA